CCUGUCAAGUAUCCCCGUUCACGAAAUAAAGACGCUUUAAUAAGCUACUUACUAUGUAUUUUAUAAUAUUAGAUAUAUGUCAUAACUUUUCAUUAUUAAGAAUUGAAAUCAUAGUACUGUAUGAAAAAGACAUUUAAAAAAUGGGCAAAUGCCUAAAUAUUCUGUACUUAAACUUUGUAAUUCAAUCUGUGAUAAUACUUUUUGACUGAAAUUUGGGGGAGAAGUUUUUAAUUGUAGGAUUUUUAGUUCUUCAAAUGUUGAUUAAAAUGAAUGAAUAAUAUCCAAUGAAUUAUAGUAGUAUCUGUUCAGAGGACAGUUAUCGUAAAGAAAUCAAUUCAUUAAAAUAAUUGACAAAAAAGUAGAGGUUUACUGUGCUGGUUGGCAUCUUUAUUUCUCGAAAACUAAAUUGUAUGAUUUAAAAAAACCAUGUAAGACAGACUAUAUCCAAAUUAAAUAAUGUGUUAAAAGAUAUUAGCAACAUAAUUACUUUUAUUGAAACUUUCAAAAACUUAUACUUCCUUAUUGUAUAAAAAUAAUUUUAAAAUAAGAUAAUAUGCACCAAUUUGUAAAAGUCAGAAACAAAAAAUAAGGUGGGGGGGUUUAAGCAGAUAUUGAUACUCUUUUUAUCUUUCCACUAUUAUCUACCACCUUAGAAGGUACAGCUUGUAAAAUAAAAAAAAUGGCCUAGUAUAGGUUUUGAUGAAAGGUUUUUAUUCACAUUUAUUAAAGUGUGUUUUAAACAAAUUUAGGUCUAUUUUCAGGGAAGUUUUAGGGCUCUUCCCCAUACUGUACGAGAGGAAGUUCCGUUAGAGAACUUCCUCAUAAAAGCUAGUGAAAAUUCUUAGUAAAAUUUCGCAAAAUUUACCCUUAAGUGAGAAAGUGAAAUAGGGGUCAGUAAAGACUUAGGAUUGGUCAAAAUGUAGGCAGAUACAUAGGGCUUUCCAAUGUGUAGACAUCCGGGAUCUUUUGCUGGAGAUUUUGACCUCUCUUAGUGCUAUUUUUAGAUUUCUUGGAAGGAGUUUUGAUCUUUGAAAUACCUUGAAUAUUUUACAGUAGCUGAUAUUACAAAUACUACGAAGAACAGUGUCUGAAUCCAAGAAGCCCCAGUAUUGUGAGCAAUCACGUCUCCAAUAUAUAUGUAUAACAAGGAUUAACCUAAUGUAACUCUUAUCCUCAGUUGUUAGUCAUCGGUUUCUAAAAUGUUCAAAAUGAGGAAUUAUUUUCUAAAAUAGCACUAUUAAUUAAAAAAAAAAAAGGAAACUGAAGCCACAGAACAAAAGUAGGAAGAGAGAGACCCUUAGAUAAUCUACCACAGCCAAUCUAGCAGUCUUACUUGAGUCAUUUGGGAUUUAGUGGGUUUUUUCCCCAGAUUUACUCAUAUACAUCAAGUCCCUGUACUCGAGUUAAGACAAGGUGGCAGGUCCUUCCACAGUGAAUUUGUACCCUAUGAGGUCUUUUAAGAAUAAAUCAGUACAAAGACUACUGAAAAUAUCCUUCUUUUUGAAACUACAGGAAACUCAGAAUUUCCCAUAUUGUCCUAAGUGAAACUGAAAAUACCUCUUCAUGAAAGAAAAAAGUUAGUUCCAGAGAAGUCAGACACACUUAAAGUCUGUCUAGAUAUUUUGUCGACAAGUGACUUUCCAAAGUGAAUGAAUACAGUCUGUUUCUUCCUGCGGAUUUCACAAAGCUGCACCUCGCUGACAGCCUCCACCCACAGGUGACCCACGUUUCCGCCAGCCAUUCAGGCUGUAGUAUCACUAGUGAUUCUGGAAGCAGCAGUCUUUCUGAUAUCUAUCAGGCCACAGAAAGUGAGGCUGGUGAUAUGGACCUGAGUGGGUUGCCAGAAACUGCAGUGGAUUCUGAGGAUGAUGACGAUGAAGAAGACAUCGAGAGGGCAUCAGAUCCUCUGAUGAGCAGGGACAUUGUGAGAGAUUGCCUGGAGAAGGACCCAAUUGACAGGACAGAUGAUGACAUUGAACAACUCUUGGAGUUUAUGCACCAGUUGCCUGCUUUUGCCAAUAUGACGAUGUCCGUGAGACGAGAACUCUGUGCUGUGAUGGUGUUUGCAGUGGUGGAGAGAGCAGGGACCAUUGUGUUAAACGAUGGUGAAGAGCUGGACUCCUGGUCAGUGAUUCUGAAUGGUUCUGUGGAAGUUACUUAUCCAGAUGGAAAAGCAGAGAUACUAUGUAUGGGAAACAGUUUUGGUGUCUCUCCUACCAUGGACAAAGAAUACAUGAAAGGCGUAAUGAAAACAAAGGUGGAUGACUGCCAGUUUGUCUGCAUAGCACAGCAAGAUUACUGCCGUAUUCUCAACCAAGUAGAAAAGAACAUGCAGAAAGUCGAAGAGGAAGGCGAGAUUGUCAUGGUGAAGGAGCACCGAGAACUUGACCGGACUGGAACGAGGAAGGGACACAUCGUCAUCAAGGGCACCUCAGAAAGACUAACAAUGCACUUAGUGGAAGAGCAUUCGGUGGUGGAUCCAACAUUCAUAGAAGACUUCCUGUUGACCUAUAGGACUUUUCUUUCUAGCCCAAUGGAAGUGGGCAAAAAGUUGUUGGAGUGGUUUAAUGACCCGAGCCUCAGGGAUAAGGUUACACGGGUAGUAUUAUUGUGGGUGAAUAAUCACUUCAAUGACUUUGAAGGAGAUCCUGCGAUGACUCGAUUUCUAGAAGAAUUUGAAAAUAACCUAGAAAGAGAGAAAAUGGGUGGACAUCUGAGGCUAUUAAAUAUUGCAUGUGCAGCCAAAGCAAAAAGAAGAUUGAUGACAUUAACAAAGCCAUCCCGAGAAGCUCCUUUGCCUUUUCUCUUACUUGGAGGCUCAGAGAAGGGAUUUGGAAUCUUUGUUGACAGUGUAGAUUCAGGUAGCAGAGCAACUGAAGCAGGCUUGAAACGUGGGGAUCAGAUACUAGAAGUAAAUGGUCAAAACUUUGAAAAUAUUCAACUCUCAAAAGCCAUGGAAAUUCUUAGAAAUAACACACAUUUAUCUAUCACUGUGAAAACCAACUUAUUUGUAUUUAAAGAGCUUCUAACAAGAUUAUCAGAAGAGAAAAGAAAUGGUGCCCCUCACCUCCCUAAAAUUGGAGACAUCAAAAAGGCCAGCCGCUACUCCAUUCCAGAUCUUGCUGUAGAUGUAGAACAGGUGAUAGGACUUGAAAAAGUAAAUAAAAAAAGUAAAGCCAAUACUGUUGGAGGAAGGAAUAAGCUCAAAAAGAUACUUGAUAAGACUCGGAUCAGUAUCUUGCCACAGAAACCAUAUAAUGAUAUUGGAAUUGGCCAGUCUCAAGAUGACAGCAUAGUAGGCUUACGGCAGACGAAGCACAUCCCCACCGCGCUGCCAGUCAGUGGGACCUUGUCGUCCAGUAAUCCUGACCUACUGCAGUCACACCAUCGCAUUCUAGACUUCAGCACUACUCCCGACCUGCCGGAUCAAGUGCUAAGGGUUUUUAAGGCUGAUCAGCAAAGCCGAUACAUCAUGAUCAGUAAGGACACCACAGCGAAGGAAGUGGUCGUUCAGGCUAUCAGGGAGUUUGCCGUUACUACUACCCCAGAUCAGUAUUCGCUGUGUGAGGUAUCGGUCACUCCCGAGGGAGUAAUCAAACAAAGACGACUUCCAGAUCAGCUUUCCAAACUUGCUGAUAGAAUACAACUGAGUGGAAGGUAUUAUCUGAAAAACAACAUGGAAACAGAAACACUUUGCUCAGAUGAAGAUGCCCAGGAGUUGCUGAGAGAGAGUCAGAUUUCCCUAUUGCAGCUCAGUACUGUAGAAGUUGCCACACAGCUCUCUAUGCGAAAUUUUGAACUCUUCCGUAACAUUGAACCUACUGAAUACAUAGAUGAUUUAUUUAAACUCAAGUCCAAAACCAGCUGUGCCAACCUGAAGACAUUUGAAGAAGUCAUUAACCAGGAGACAUUUUGGGUAGCAUCUGAAAUUCUGAGAGAGACGAACCAGCUGAAGAGGAUGAAGAUCAUUAAACACUUCAUCAAGAUAGCGCUGCACUGUAGGGAGUGCAAGAAUUUUAACUCCAUGUUUGCAAUCAUCAGUGGCCUAAACCUGGCACCAGUGGCAAGACUGCGAACCACCUGGGAAAAACUUCCCAAUAAAUACGAAAAACUGUUUCAGGAUCUCCAGGACCUGUUUGAUCCUUCCAGAAACAUGGCAAAGUAUCGCAAUGUUCUAAAUAGUCAAAACUUACAACCUCCCAUAAUCCCGCUGUUCCCAGUUAUUAAGAAGGAUCUCACGUUCCUUCACGAAGGAAAUGACUCAAAAGUCGAUGGGCUUGUCAAUUUUGAGAAGUUAAGGAUGAUUGCAAAAGAAAUUCGUCAUGUCGGCCGAAUGGCUUCGGUUAACAUGGACCCUGCCCUGAUGUUCAGGACUCGGAAGAAGAAGUGGAGGAGUUUGGGGUCUCUCAGCCAGGGUAGUACAAACGCGGCAGUGCUAGAUGUUGCUCAGACAGGUGGUCAUAAAAAGCGAGUGCGUCGUAGUUCCUUUCUCAAUGCCAAAAAGCUUUAUGAAGAUGCCCAGAUGGCACGAAAAGUGAAGCAGUACCUGUCCAACUUGGAGCUGGAAAUGGAUGAGGACAGUCUUCAGACGUUGUCACUGCAGUGUGAGCCAGCGACCAACACAUUGCCUAAGAAUCCUGGUGACAAAAAGCCCGUCAAAUCUGAGACCUCCCCGGUGGCCCCCAGGGCAGGGUCACAACAGAAAGCACAACCCCAGCCGCCGUCACAGCAGCAGCCGCUGCCACAUAAAAUCAGCCAAGGACUGCAGGUUCCUGCUGUGUCCCUUUAUCCUUCACGAAAGAAAGUACCUGUCAAGGAUCUCCCACCUUUUGGCAUAAACUCACCACAAGCUUUAAAGAAGAUUCUUUCUUUGUCUGAAGAAGGAAGUUUGGAACGUCACAAGAAACCAGCGGAAGAUACAGUAUCAAACGCCUCUUCACAGCUGUCUUCUCCUCCUGCUUCGCCACAGAGCUCUCCAAGGAAAGGUGGCAGUGGCAAUCAGCUGAGAUCUUUUGGCUCCGGGCAGUUGGACUUAACCAGUUCCUCCUCUUCUCUUGGAAGUGAGAACAGUAACAAGAAUAACAAUACACCACGGACCUAUGGGAUAGGCUGUACUUUGGCUCCUAGUGGUACUGUGGAUAAUUUUUCAGAUUCUGGUCACAGUGAGAUUUCUUCACGAUCCAGCAUUGUCAGCAAUUCAUCCUUUGACUCGGUACCAGUUUCGCUGCAUGAUGAGAGACACCAGAGGCAUUCUGUCAGCAUCGUGGAAACAAGCCUCGGGGUGGGCAGGCUGGAAAGGCGGGCCGUGAUGGAACCCGAUCAGUACAGCUUAGGGUCCUAUGCAGCAGUGUCUGAGAGUCGGGGUUUGUAUGCUACAGCUACAGGGAUUUCUUCCCCAAGCACAGAAGAACUUUCCCAAGACCAGGGGGACCGUGCUUCACUUGACGCCGCCGACAGCGGCCGUGGGAGCUGGACUUCGUGCUCAAGUGGUUCCCACGAUAAUAUACAGACCAUCCAGCACCAGAGAAGCUGGGAAACACUACCAUUUGGGCACACUCACUUUGAUUAUUCAGGGGAUCCUCCAGGUUUAUGGGCCUCAAGCAGCCAUAUGGACCAAAUUAUGUUUUCUGAUCAUAGCACAAAGUAUAACAGGCAGAAUCAAAGCAGAGAGAGCCUUGAACAAGCCCAGUCCCGGGCAAGCUGGGCAUCUUCCACAGGGUACUGGGGAGAAGACUCCGAAGGCGAUACAGGCACAAUAAAGCGAAGGGGUGGGAAAGACGUUUCCGUUGAAGCUGAAAGCAGCAGCCUGGCACCUGUGCCCACAGAAGAAGCCAAACCAGCGCCCGUGCCUGCUCACAUAGCUGCCCCAUCGAGCACUGCAAAGGGGCUGAUUGAGUGGAACGGCUCCGUAGGGCCCCUUGGCUGUAUCUUUACAGAAGCAGGUCUUUCUUCUGCGGCACCACCAGCACGGAAGGAGGGCAGGUAUCGAGAGCCCCCGCCAACUCCUCCAGGCUACAUCGGAAUCCCCAUCACGGACUUCCCAGAAGGGCAUUCUCAUCCGGCCAGGAAGCCUCCGGACUACACUGUGGCACUUCAGAGGUCGCGGAUGGUGGCCCGCUCCUCUGAGGUGCCUGGGCCUUCCCCUGUACAGCAGCCACAUGGACAUCCAGCAAGCAGCAGGCCUGUGAACAAGCCUCAGUGGCAUAAACCAAAUGAGUCGGACCCACGUCUCGCCCCCUAUCAGUCUCAAGGGUUUUCCGCCGAGGAGGAUGAAGAUGAACAAGUGUCUGCUGUUUGAGGCACAGGCUCUUCUGGAUCCAGAGUGAGCCACCUGUAAGGAGAGCACAAGAAGACGUCCCUCACAUUGGAGCCUUGGAACUCAGAGUCUGAGGGUGGUGGACCAGUUUGCCUCCUUCCCUGCCUUAAAACAGCAUGGGGCUUCUUCUCCCCUCUUCCUUUCCCCUUUGCAUGUGACAUACUGUGAAGAAAUUGCCCUGGCACUUUCAGACUUUGUUGCUUGAAAUGCACAGCGCAGCAUCUUGGAGCUCCCACUGUUGCUGCCUGCCACAUCACACAGUGUCAUUCCAAAUUCCAAGAUGUCACGCAAGGUGAUGCACUCUGGCUGCACUUCUCAAUGCCUGGAAGGAUUUUUAAAAACUCUUCCUUUUAGACUUCAUCCAGUCCUAGCACUUGAUCUUGUUGGGAUGAUGAGAAAAGCUAGCCCUUGAACUAUGGGGGCCUUUAACCCACCAGAGAAGACAAAGAAGAACAAAUCCUUUGAGUACAGUGCUUGUCCACUUGUUUACAGUGCCCUCCCUUUUUUUUUUUUUAAUGAAUUUAAAUAGUGUGUUCAGAGAAUAAUGUUAUAUCCAUGUAAUGAUUACAGUAUUAUUUUGAACCGUUAAGUAGGGUUGCCAGCCUGGGUUUCUAAAAAACCAAAUGUGCCGGACAGGGUGUGGCCCCUAAGCAGCAGGAAGCCCUGGCGCGUGCUUCUGUCUUCCUGUCCUUCUGGCCUCACCUGUGAAGUGCCCUGCCCCAGAAGUUGAAAACGUCAGCCAAGUACGCCCCAAGACACCUGGCCCGCGCCUUCCCCGGCGGGUGGGCAUCUUCCGGAAAGCUGUUUGCACAUGGCCGGGGGGGGAACGGGGACUCCGUGUCCUGUGUCUGAGCCUUAUGGAGAGAGGCGGCACCACUUGAGGGUGUGUUGUGCUCCAUUGAAAUGGAUGGCAAACCCCGCCUUUAAGUCGUUUCUUUGAUUUUUGUUAAUUUAGAGUUUUAGGGUUCCCUUUUUUUUUUUUUAGUUUGGAGAAAUGUUUAUAACUGGAUAGCAUUGCAGUGAAAGCAGCUUGGGAUGUUGAGCUGAUGCCAGCUGUUGAUGCUGCUCUUUGAAGACCACCCCCCUUGUUGAGUUGACACUGGGGGUAAACAAGCCUUUACCAUGGCGAGUGGUCAAGGGUCUGGUGGACGUGCCAGCCCUCGCAAGGCGGGUUAGUCACCAGAGGCUGAGCUGCGGGCACUGCGUGUGGAGAAGGCCUAGGUGUAGCAACCACCUGCUCACAGCUGCUAUCGACCCCGUGGCUGAAGGUGACCCUCCACUCUGGUUUUGUUUUUGCACAGACUCCGGAAAAGUGAAGGCUGCCAAUCCGAGUAGUACUCAAAUGUGAGGAACUGCUGGUCUUGGAUUUUUUUUCCAUUAAAUUCAGCUGAUCAUAUUGAUCAGUAGAUAAACGUAAAUAGCUUCAAAUUUUAAAAGUGGAAUCGCAGUGUUUUUUCACUGUAUCAAACAAUGUCAGUGCUUUAUUUAAUAAUUCUCUUCUGUAGUAUGGCAUUUGUCUACUUGCUUAUAUAUUGCCUUGUCAAUUAUGCAUUUGUAAUUUCACCUGUAAUACGCAUUAUUUGCCAGUUUUAUUAUAGAGGCUCUGGACCUCGUGCAUAUAGAAAGACAGCAAUCUAGCUCUACCACAGUUGCACAGACGUUAUCUAAGCAUUAAGUAAUUGUAGAACAUAGGACUGCUAAUCUCAGUUCGCUCCGUGAUGUCAAGUGCAGAAUGUACAAUUAACUGGUGAUUUCCUCAUACUUUUGAUACUACUUGUACCUGUAUGUCUUUUAGAAAGACAUUGGUGGAGUCUGUAUCCCUUUUGUAUUUUUAAUACAAUAAUUGUACAUAUUGGUUAUAUUUUUGUUGAAGAUGGUAGAAAUGUACUAUGUUUAUGCUUCUACAUCCAGUUUGUACAAGCUGGAAAAUAAAUAACUAUAACAUAAAGCCUUGUCUAUAUUCUUAGUGAAUUGCGCAUGCUUUUUAUUAUUGAAGCAUACUAAAGGUCUUUAGAAAGAUGUGGCAGUCCACUUCCAUAGAGAUUUACAGCCCUGGAAACGCUGUGGGGUUGUGUGUGUUGGAAUAGGCUGGAGGGCAGUGGGUUUGCCCGGG